AUGGCCCGUCGUCGGCCUGUCACCGUUGAGUCUUCAAGCUCAUCAGAAUCAGACUCUGAUUUAGACUUUUCUUCGGCGUCAUCGCGCAAGACUUCCCCAAAUCCUCCAGCAGAGAAAUCUGCUUCCAGCACUGAACCCUUGAAAGGGAGAAACUGUAAGCGUAAGUCGUUAGGCGACGAUAAUAACAACAAUACGAAGAGUUCAGAAUGUCCACCAUGGCAAAAAAAGGACAACAUCCAACUCCAUACCGAUCUUAAAAAACUCCAGGAGCUGGAAAAGAAACUCCACCGCACAGGUAAUCCAGCGUUGGAAAAAGCAUUGAUAGAGUUGUGGCACGACAUCUGGUGCCCGACGUUUGUCUUUAGUUUCUUGCUGCUGCACGCUGCUGGCGAGUACAAGAAAGAUGGGCGGUCCCUUUCGCAGCUCUACAUCUCUUCACACACUCUCUCCAUCGCUUUCCGCGCUGAUGAAGGCUCGCAGAAAUGAUAGGUCCCUGUCAAUGUCCUUUGGCGCCGCUGGCCAGGAUCACCCGGCCGGUUAUUCAUUCACUUUGGAUAAUGUGGAGCCUGAACUGGAAUUACUACGGAG